AUGCUUUUGUAUGAAUCGGAUAAAUUACUGUCACUAUUUGGAGAACCAGGAGUUGGAGGCACCGAUUGUAAACAGGUUGUUGUAUUGGUAGGAAUAGAGGCUGUAUUGGUAGAAGAGCAGGUUGUAUUGGUAGAAGAGCGGGUUGUAUCAGUAGAUAUAUUGGUAGAAGAAGAUAAGUUGGGCGAAGUGUUAUUGAUAAAAUUUUCAGAAGAAAUAUCAAAUCAAGACAUUUCAGCUGACGAAUUGGAUGAUAAUAUUUGGGAGCUUCCAGAAUACAGUCCUUCAGAAUAUGACUCCAAUGAUUCUAUAAUUUUGAAGGACGAAGACAUAUUAGCAUUAUCUCAUUCCGAUAUAGAAAUAGACCCUUCUUUGGCAAAUGUGUCUCCUUUUGCAGAAUGUGAUUUUGAAGAUUAUGAGAGUGCUUCGUUAGAAGAUGAUUUUGAUGACUUGCAAAAUCCACCAACUAUUAAAUGGCCCAAUGAAGCUUAUUAUAAGUUUAUAGAGAUAGUUAAUAAGCACCAACUAUCUAAUUCGGCUGUAGAAGCCAAUAUGCUAGCAAAUGUUUACCAACCAUUGUCUUCAAGAAGACCAUGUUAUUCCUGCUUAGUGUCAAAUAAUAAUUUGAAUAAUAUAAGCUUAGCUUAUAUCUCACCUAGAACUCCAAUUAAUAUGAAACAAGUGAUAGAUAGUGGUGAAGAGCAGUACUAUUCGAUACAUCCUGAAAGAAAUGCAUUUUGGGAGAUAAG